AUGACCAAAGAAUACAAACCGAACGCGGACUUCACACCAUGGGGUCCCUUCGUUCCGGCAAACUUCAAGAAUGAGCCCAUCACAACUACGGAUAUCAUCAUAGCAGCAGUUGUUUGGGCGAUCACGCUCAUCAAUGUCCUCUGGGCUGCAUACUCUUGCUAUCAACAGGCGAGGAGCUCUCGAUCGCCUCUCCGAAGCGUCUAUGUGUGGUUGAUUUAUCUGGAGUUGCUGGCGAAUGUCGUGAUGGGUCUGGAGUGCUUCCUGCAUAUUCUCAAAAUAAUCAGACCCAGCUUCUUUUUUUACAUGAGCAUCUUGUUCUGCUGGUGUAUCCAGGUUCAGUUACUCCUACAAAUCAUCAUCAACCGUAUUCGGAUUAUCGUCACCGACCGGCGUCGCUCGAAGAUGAUAAUGAUUGGCACGGCUGCCAUCGUUACUGCAAUCAACGUCAGCGUCUUCUGUAUUUGGAUUCCCGCGCGCCUUCAAAUUAAUAAGCGAUACGAACUCAUCAAUAAUGUCUGGGACCGCAUCGAGAAAGUUAUAUACCUCAUCAUCGACGCCUCCUUGAAUUGGUACUUCUUAAAGGUUGUGAAAGAGAACCUCAUCAACAACGGUCUCCAGAAGUACAACAAGCUCCUCCGUUUCAACCAACGCAUCAUCGCAGUCUCGCUUCUCAUGGAUGUCAUGAUCAUUGCCGCUAUGUCUAUACCCAACUCCUUCGUAUACAUUCAAUUCCAUCCGCUCGCGUACACGGUGAAACUCAACAUCGAAAUGGCAAUGGCCAACCUCAUCAAACGCAUCGCCAUCUCCUCGUCGCGGAAAACCGGCAACGCCGCCCUCGCCGAAGAAUUCGCCUCCGACGACCUCUCCACUUCGGGGGCAAAAUCCUCUGGGCACACGCGCAAGCACACCCGCCGCAGCUCCCUCAUCGAAUUGUCCAGCAACGUCUUCGCUACAAAGUCUUUCCACGAUCCGCAAGGCCGCACUGUGUCGUUUGCGCCGACAGGUAAUCAGAUCAAAGUUACACAGGAUCUCUACGUGCGGAGCGAGCCGAAUCCGGAGUAUGCGAGACGGGAUAUGGACGGGCCUAUGGGCAUGGGCGAGUUGAAGGCCGGACAGGGAACCGUCAUAAAGAGUAAGAGUAUGGACGAUAUUACGGAGGGAGGCGAGAGUGUGAAGAGCGAGUAUGGGCAGGGAAAGGGCGAUAGUGAUGAUGAGCAAGCGUUAGUUAUUCAGGGAGGGAGUAAGGGAUGGGGGAGGCUCAAGGGUUGA